CGUGGUUUCGACCCAGUUUCACGGACCUAGGUGAACCUUUAUGCAAAAAUGUGAAACAGUUGACCGUUCGUGUACAAAGUCUUCGGCUCGGAAGACGAAUCAACUGGUACGAGGGUUGCGCGAUACGCUUUCGAGGUUUCACCUUACGCCUCGCAAAGAGUACCGAAGAACAAGCUCGCAGCCCAUCGAACCAGCCGCUCGAAACGUCCACAUCAAGACCUCACGGAUUUCUUCCCCGGGCUUAAUGACAAGGAACGAAGAUUGCUGCUGCUCGCUUUCUCUCUGGAACCGUAACUCCCCCGUACCACGAAAGACCGCCUAAACCGUGAAAGCCAGGCGCUAACUACAAGCCUUAGCCAGUCGUUCUCGGUCAAUUUCCUCCUGUAAUCGGAAUCGAGACCAAUUAGCCUGCCUAUUCCUAAGACACCGAAAGGUUGCACAAAAAGAAACACGGAAAUUGGGGCUACGAAACGUGCCGUCGAAGCGUCUACAGAGAGGAAAGAGUCUAGGGCCAAAUGAAAGAUUAAAGCCUGGAGUUGGAAACGAACGAAAGCCUUUCUGACGGACACAAAGGGGGUCCACGGUGUGUCUACUGACGAACAUAUAUUCACUGCAACACGGGUACCAGCAGAGAUAGAGAGUUAAAACCGAAAACUUGGUUUAAGUGGGUAUGGAUAUGCCUGUGGCUCUAGGAAGAAGAACAGAAACAAAGCAUCCCGUAUAGAGAUUUUUAGGGACAUACAGACAGCGAUUUUUAGAGUGCCUCGUUUCUACGGGUUCUAAUGUAGGAGGGUGGUGAGGGAAAGAAACGUUUAACAGCUACCAUGUGGGCAUGAUGAUAAAGCGAAUGAGGCGUAUAUAGAAGAAAUGAUAAACACAAGAAGAGAGGCGUUGAUGAAGAGAGGAAAACAAAGGGGAAUAAAUGAGACGGGUGACGUGUAGAUAGCGUUUGUGUUGUGAAAGAGAUAGACGUUCGCCAGGGGGAGGAUAUAUUGUUGUGCGGUACAAAGUGCGUGAUGAAGAGAGGUGGAGAACGGUGAAGGGGGGAACCCAGAAGCGUGGAAAAACUGGUGCGGGUUUAGGAUAAGCGCGUGAGAUAGCGGACCGCGUGAAAGCAAAAGGGAAGGUGGAACACCCGUAGUGUCCGAUGUUCAGAGGCGUACGAUGGCCGGGGCUCUGUCCGAGAAUGCCCCGAGACCCGUCAGUGUCGUCACGGUAGGCGGUGCAACAGCCGAUAGUGCCAGGAACAAUCACCUCGCUGGGACCCAGGAACCACGGGAGAAUGGUCGGUCGUACACAUCGACGGAGGCGCAGACAGAGCUGGCCCUCCAAAGCGGUCCGGAGGCACUCGAGGAUCUGGACGGGGUCCGUGGGGCCCGCAGGAGAGAGAGGCGGAUGCGAAGGCAGCACCGUCGAGCCCUGAGAUCAUGCUCGAUGCCACCUUCUUAUCCAGGCACGUCACCGGGAUGUCAGGCCUCUACUGCGCCGGGAGUGCCGCUGGUGACGCCACCUAGAGGGUUUCUGCAUCCCCCACCACCGCAUUUGGGCCUUAGGGGACUUAGCCUAGGUUUGCCCUUCCCGGUAUCGACCAGCGUCUCUGCUUUUGGCAGGGAUGCAGUACCGAAGCAAUGUUGCGGUCUCGGUUCCCCUCCGGUACGCUGGUCCAUACUGGGCGUCGGCGUGGUGGGUCUCGUAUGCGCAGGUGCUGGCGCUCUGCUUGGGGCACUCAGGGCUUCGGGCCGUGAUCAUAUUGCAGUGGCGCUUUUAAUGAUCGGCAUAGGAGUGGUUCUGGUAACUGUGAGCGCUGUAGCGUGGCGAGUGACCAGUCGAGAAAAUUGUGGCAGUUUCUUUGGUUUCACGGGGAUCUCGGGCAGAAUCCCGCCAGCGAGGCCAAUUCAUCCGUACGCUGCCAUGAUUUAUCCGGAGUUUCAAUUCCGAACGCCGCCACCGAGUUAUCAGGCGAGCAUGCAAGAAUACAGACUCCGAUUGCUGCUUCUGGACCGUUUGCAGCCGACGUCCUCGCCCCCGCCGACCUAUAGGUCCAACGCCGGGAGUAUCGUGACGCCCGGCACGACUAGAGAAAGCAGACCGCCGAGCUAUUGCGCCAGAUCGAACGUUCCAUCGAGCACGAACGUCGCACCUUCGAAGAAGGACGCGAACUUGGUUAGGAUCGUGCAGACCGAGUCGGAACCGGUGAUACUCAGCGGGGACCAAACGCCCCCUGUCGCCGCUGUCGAGGUGCUGGCGCACCUCUGAUCAUUAUUCCAUCGUGAUCACGGUCUCCGACUUCGCUGUUUAACGCUUUGACUGCCCGAGACUGGUCUCGAGUCCCCUGAGAACCGAACUGA